AUGAAUAAUCUACCACAUCACCCCUUUGUUGAUGAAAAAAGAAAACAUAAACCUCGAAGAAAUAGAAAAUCAUUUAUCAAAACAAGAGAUCAACAAUCUGAACAACAAUGUAUACUGAUUGCGUUGCUUAAUUUAAAAUUCGAUAUACUUCUUGAAAAACCACGUAAAAUUAACACUGAAUCUUUAUCUUUUUUUAAAGUCUUAGAGUUGGUUGAUGGAAGAAACAGAAUUAACCUUAAAACGCUUACUGAUAACAGGGUUCAAUCACUCAUUAAAGAAAACCAAAUUAAUGGUGUAGAUGAAAAAACAAUAAAAAGAAGGCAAGAAGUUUAUAAAAUUAUGGAACAUAUUCAUGUUUUGUUAGAUAUUGCCCAAAGUGUUGGAUACAAAAUUAAAACAAAUUAUGGUAAAAGAACUACACUAAGAGAUAAUCGUCUCCUUGAAUCCUUUGAAAUCGAUGGGUUGGAAGUUGGUAAUAUUGGUCUUGGUUCUAAAGGAAGAAUAAUUCAUGAGAUCCUUAUAAAUUAUUCAUCACAAACAAGCUCUGGUCAUUCUUUUGUCCUUACAAGAGAAAAUCCAAGGUUACAAUCUACUCUUUUCAAAGCGUUCUUGUAA